GUGGACCUCCUCAGGGUCCACACUUGGUGACGUCAGGAAGUGCACACCUACAGGGCACUAGGCACGAGUCCACAAGGGUACACGGGAGUGCAUUUUGGUACAGACUUGAGGUCAUCACACCGGAAAGAGAUUCCUGGGUAGGGGACUUCAGUGGAGUCUUUGCCGAAGACCGCAUCGAGGGCACAAAGGAGGCGCUCGCGAGCAGACUUCUGAGCGCUAAAAAGACAAAUGGGACACGCUACGGACUCGUGGACUUGGCGAGCAUGCGCAAUUUAAGUCCACGAGACCGCAAGUCCACAUGAAGUGCGCCAUUUGGGACAGGGCCAAACUCGUGGCUCAACACAGGCGGACUCUUGUUUUCCUUUCCCAUCGCUCUUUUAUCGCAUGUACAGAUUCACAUAUCAACAAGAAGACUGUUAAGUAGAAGAAUAAAAACAGAAGGAAGUCCAUCGGGAAAAGAAAGUGGGGGCACUUCUGGACAAGGUAUAAUCGGAUUUAGGUUCCAGGCCGGUUUGUGGGGGCUGAAGACCGCUGGUCCUGCCUCUGACAGAUCUGAAACAUAAAACGAAGAAAUGUUAGGAACAGACAUGGACAACGAGGUGGCUCGUGGAUUUUUUGAAGAGGGAGCCACUCUUGUUCUACUUGGUGUUCCUGAAGGAAUAGAGUUAGGACUCGAUUACAAAACCUGGACGUUGGGUCCUCGGUUCCGUGGGGUGAAAAUGAUUCCUCCAGGACUUCACUUUCUCCAUUACUGCUCCGCCAACACUGAAAGCACCUGUGGAGAGAUUGGUCCUAGAAGAGGCCUGUUCCUGUCCCUGAAACCUCAGGAGGUGAUCAUAGCACACUGGAACAAAAAUAAUGAUGAUCUGGACUUCUCUCAAAAUGCUGAGGAAGUUGAACGUACAAGGGACAAUCUUCAAGAACUGGAUACGUAUUUGGGGCCAUACCCAUAUGACACACUUCGCAAAUGGGUUUCCCUGACUGACAGACUUAGUCAGGAGUUAGCCAGCGCUUUGCAACCCCUUAGUGGUAGGGUGUCCUUUAGUGAUAUGGUCCCAGAACUGCAGCUGACCCAUACUAAAGACAGGGCAGAGUACAAUCUUCCCCGCAAUGACCGGGAAUGUCAGAGUAUGAAGGAGGGAUUGGACAGACUGCCACGGAUGAAACAAAGAGAAGGCACAGAGUUACGCUUUUCACAUAUUCCCAGACAGGUCUACCCUCCUGGGGCCACACCUGCUCAGAUCACCAAAUAUAGUAUGGAUCUGAGCUACACUCUCAACUGUGUCCUUGACAGUCAUUAUAGAUACCAGCCACUAAAUCUACUAGGAGAGUUACAGUUUGCGUUUGUUUGCUUCCUCAUUGGAAAUGUAUAUGAGGCCUUUGAGCACUGGAAAACACUGCUGUCUCUGCUCUGUCGCUCUGAAGAGGCCAUCAAAGAAAAGAAGGAUUUGUAUCUAGGUCUCAUCUCUGUGCUCUACCACCAGCUGGGAGAAAUCCCUCCAGACUUCUUUGUUGAUAUUGUGUCCCAGUGCAACUUUCUUACUUCCACGCUUCAGGAUUUUUUCCAGUUUGUCAGAAGCCCUGGAGUCGACAGCACCUUGCGCAAAAAAGCUGAAAAAUUUCAAGCCCACCUGACCAAAAAGUUUCGGUGGGAUUUUGAUGCAGAUCUUGAGGAUUGUGCUCCAGUGGUGGUGGUUCUUCCAGAUGGAGUAACAGUUGACUGAUACUGUUUGAUGAUCCAUUUUCCUGCAGUGUUUGCAAAUAUGUCUUACAUUGUUAAAUGGACCCAGCCAAUAUGGAUAGUCUCCGGUCACAUUAUAAAAUGUGUUUUGACCAUUUCGUUUUAAUAAAGUUAAUUCUUUCACUUUG